GUCUGUUCCUCCCACUGUCCUCUAAAAAGCUUGAAGGUAUAAAGAAGCCAAACUAAUCAAAUCAGCCAUCGCACACUAUCAGGGCUAAAGAAGAACACUACAAAAACAACAGAGAUACAGCAUGAAUCUUUUCCUUCUGGUGGUUGCGUUAGGGCUCGCAGGAGCAUCGCCCCUGGAGGAUUACAAGGUGUGCCAGCCUCACUCCAGACCCUGGCAGGUCUAUCUGCAUGGUGGAGGGGUGUCCUGCAGUGGAGCUCUCAUUGACAAGUGGUGGAUAGUAACCUCCUUUGACUGUGCACCCAGAUCCUACAGCACCAUUGCAUCUCUUGGGGAACAUGACGUGAAUGUGGAGGAGGGCACCGAGCAGCACAUUCAUGUUGCUGAUGUAAUCCUACACAGUCCCUACCGCUCACCGUUGCACAGUCUCACGUUGGUCCGUCUGGCCGAACCCGCCAGCUUCACCCAGGGCGUCCAGCCCAUCCCCUUGCCCAGUCGCUGCCCACAGCCUGGAGAGACUUGCCAUGUCAGCGGCUGGGGAUCCACCAUCCCAAAUCAAUAUGAGCCUUCUCAACACCUGAAGUGUAUAACUGUGCCUGUUGUGGAUGACCAGACUUGUAUGAACACGUUCCCUGAGUUCUUGUUCUGGAGCCUGGGCAUGGUCUGCGCUGGUCAAGCAAACACAGAUAACUGCAUGAACGAUGGUGGCAGUGUGAUGGUAUGCGAUGGCCAGCUGCAGGGUGUGCAGUGGUUCAGUAAUGGCUGCAGAAACCCAGCUGACCCCAGCGUCUACACCAAGCUGUGCAAGUACAAUGACUGGAUCAACGAUGUGAUGGGCCGCUACGCACCCACUCUGCCACCUGAAACCACCCCAGGGAUGAUGACGUGAGGCAGCAGAGAAACAUUAAUUCACAGAUUAAAUAUAAACACUAUUACAAAUAUUGCUCCUGACCACUUUACUGGGAAGGUUCAGUGUUAUGAAAACAAUGCUCAAACCCAAAGUUUAGGGGUUGCCCUUUCAGCCAAUUAAGCAAGACACAGCACUAUUGCAUUUAACUGACUUAUGAACAUUAUGCAGCAGUCUCAAGUGCAAAUCCUAUGCUCAACAAAAGAAAACCCAGCAAAAAAAUCUGUAUGCAAACUCAAAAGUGUAGAUAAACAACCUAAAAGAUUAAAAUGGCAUGUGUUUUCAGA